AUGUCGGCGCCAGCAGCGAGCCAGCGGAAGCAGCAAGAUCUGCAAACCCAGUAUGGCAUUUACAAGAACACGCUUCAACAAAUUGCCCAGAAAAUCGGCGAUGUCGAGCAGGAAGCCGAGGAGCACAAGCUUGUGCUGGAGACGUUGCAGCCGCUGUCCGGGGACCGCAAAUGCUUCCGUCUGAUCAACGGAGUGCUGAUGGAGCAGACGGUCAAGGACGUCAUGCCUGCUCUGACGACGAACUCGGAGGGAUUGAAGAAGGUUCUGGAAGACUUGGUCAAGCAGUACAAGGCCAAGCAGGAUGAGUUGGAGAAGUGGAAGAAGAAGAACAACGUUCAAGUUGUCCAGAACUGA